CGUACUUUAAAAAGAGGCGUGGCUCAAGAUGGGGAAAUUUGGAUUGCAGUUUAAAGCCACUUUGGAGAAUGUUACAAACGUAAGGCCGGUAGGGGAUGAUUUCCGCUGGUAUUUGAAGCUCAAAUGUGGGAAUUGUGCUGAGGUGUCGGAUAAAUGGCAGUACAUCAACUUACUGGACAGCAUGCCACUGAAAGGAGGACGAGGAAGUGCUAGUAUGGUUCAGAAGUGCAAACUGUGUUCCCGGGAAAACUCAAUAGAUAUCCUGAAGGACACAAUUACACCUUACAAUGCAGAAGACAGUGAAAGGUUUAAGACAAUAGUGCAGUUUGAGUGUCGAGGGCUGGAACCAGUUGAUUUUCAACCUCAGGCUGGUUUUGCUGCUAAAGGAGCAGAGACCUCCACCCAGUUCCCUGAGAUCAACCUUCAAGAGAAAGACUGGACAGACUACGAUGAGAAGGCCAGUGAAUCUGUGGGUAUCUAUGAGGUCACACACCAAUUCAUCAAGUGCUGAGAAAUGUUUGAGAAUAUGCCAAAUUGAAGAACAAUUGAGUGACCCCUGAAUGAUGUUUCAAAUGGGUUGUGCCAGUGUUCUCUAUUAAUGCUGAUUGGCUGUUGGUAGUUGGAAAAAGAAACACAAUUAUCUUUGCGAUGGACAUGAAGCUUAUGCUGUUUUUCAAUGGCAAUAAAGUAUGGAAUGAUUUGA